AUGUCCCUCCAAGUCAACGAUCCACGGUCGCGCACCCGCUCCAAAUCCCCGGGCCGCAGCCGCGAACGGUCCCGAUCUCGCGACUCGCGCGCUCCAGAUCUGGACGCGAGCCUUGAACCACCACGCUCAAGAGCGCGCUCGCGCUCUCCAGCCGUGGAAAUCGCCCCCAAGUCUUCGUUCUCGUCCUCGUCUAACGCCAGGGACUAUAAUGAUGCCCCGCGCACGCGCUCGCCGGUUGAAAUCGCGCCUCGCUCGUCGAGAUCUGCUGUGGCGAGCCGGGGGUAUGACGAGGAUGACGAGGAUGAGAUUGAUCGGAAGUAUAAGCUGCUGAAGGAGGGGCGGGCGAGGGAGGAGAGGGAUAGGGAGAACAAUGGGAGGGAUGUAAUUGCUCGUGUGCCGAGGAGUUCGGGGAGAUAUGAUGUUGAGAGGGAGGAUGGCGGGGAUGAGGAGUGGAGGCGCCGGAGAAGGAGGGAGGAUGCGAGGUUUGAGCAUUCGGAUGAGGAGGAGGAGGAUUUGAGAUUGGUGAGGGUGAGGGAUUCGCGGGAUCCGCGGGAUCCGAGGAGUUCGAAGGACUCGCUGAGAGACUCGCGGGAUCUGAGGGGUUCAAAGGACUCUUUGAGGGAUUCGCGCGAUCCGAGGAGUUCGAAGGACUCGUUGAGAGAGUCGCGGGAUCCAAGGGAAUUGAGGGAUUCUUUGAGAGACUCACGCGAGUAUACGGGUCGAUCGCAUCAACGCCGGCCGUCGUCCCCUCCUGGCCGUGACAGUCGAUUGGAUGAUUCGGACGGUGAUUCGGACGAUGAUUCAGACGAUGGGCUGGCAUAUGGCGAUAGCCUGGGUAGUCACCCCAGCUAUGCCCGUCCGAGUAAGUAUCAAUAUACGCAGCCCACGCAGUUCCAUCCAUCUCAGUCCGGUGCGCCGCGCCAAUCUGCCCAUCCAGACCCCAAGUCGUCGGACUGGGCUCCAAUUCCCGAGUGUGAGCGGCCGGGCUUUGUGCCGCCAGCUUCGCACCCUUCCUCGCAAGCUGGAGUGCCUUCUACUAUGCCGGGUGGCUUCCCAACGGCCUCGACGUAUGCGGACAUCCCCGCGACGACGGCGCCCUCAUUCCCGAUGCCGCAAUACGCAGGUUUCCCUUCCCAGCAGCAGAUUCCAUACUCACAAGCUUCGUCUGGUCCAUACACCCCGUCGCAUUACCGGACUGCUUCCGCUACAGAUGCCAGUCAUCCAAUUCCAGGACAGUAUGCGCAGCCGGUCCAGUAUCAAUAUGCGAAUGUCGAUCCCAAUAUUCGAUACACUUCGAAAGCAACCCCGGUACAACCUUAUACUGCGUCACCGGAAGAACAGUUUGCGAAGCCGCAUGAGCAGUUCACCAAGUCGCGCGAGUCCCAGCCUGUGUACCCGUACAGGUAUAGCAAUGAACCGCAGUUUGUAGACAAGCCGCCCCCGCAAUCACAGCAGCAGCAACCCCAGCACCAGCAACUUCAGCCUCAGUAUGGGCAUGGGCAUAGUCACCAACAACAGCCGCAGCAACUGGUGGAGAUCACGCCUGGUAGAGGACGCGGCCGGCCGCAUAGCCUGUCUGUCUCAUCGGCGAACAAUCUCGCGGUUGCAGGCACUCAUAGUCUACACGCUGGCCAUCCCCCGGCUAGUCCGCUGUUGGAGGCUUAUCACGGCACCUACCAGUCGAUCUCGCCCAUGCCGUCUCCGAUUGUCAUGCCUGCACACGAUGAUGACAUCUCUGACUUGGAGCCACUGGACGGAGGUACUUCCAACUCCGAAUCAGGACGCCGUAAGAAACACACCCGGUCCAAAUCCUCGAUCAGCGAGAAGGAAACACGCCACCGCAGCAGCAAAGAGAAGAUCAAGGAAAAAGAAAAGGACCGCGACGACCGCAGCAAGGAUGACAAGCAUCGUAUCCGUCACGACCGCCACGACUCUACCACAUCGAUCGACCGUGACCGUGAGCGCGAAAACAUAGUCGUCAUCUCGCCCACGUCCGGCCGUAAGCGCGUCUCCUUCUACGACGCUGGCGCCGAUGCCACCGACAUGCAAAACGCACUUAACCACCGCACCAUCGACAACAAGACGAUCAUCCAAAUCCUCCCCCGCCUAACAAGCGACGAGGUCCUCCUCCUACGCGCCGAAUACAAGAACCGCGUUAAAAUGCACGGCAAGGGCAUCAACCUGGCCAAACACCUCCGUCUGAAACUCGGCACCUCCUCAUUCGGCAAAGUCGCCUACGCCACCGCCCUCGGCCGCUGGGAAUCAGAAGCCUACUGGGCAAACUGCUACUACCAAGCUGGCACAUCGCGCCGCGAGCUCCUCAUCGAGUCCCUCAUCGGCCGGUCUAACGCCGCCAUCCGGGAAAUCAAGUCCUGCUUCCGGGAUACCCGGUACAAUGACAGUCUGGAGCGGUGCAUGCGAUCUGAGCUCAAGGCUGAUAAAUUCCGGACGGCGGUGUUGUUGGCGCUCGAGGAGCGGAGACAAGAUGAGAGGGAGCCCGUGGAUGCGAGGUUGAUUAAGCAGGAUGUGGGGGAUUUGCAUCGGGCGCUUGUUUCGAAGGAAGGUGGGGAGACGGCUAUGAUUAAUAUCAUUGUUUUGAGGAGUGAUGCGCAUCUGAGGGAGAUGUUGCGCGAGUACGAGGCGGUUUAUCGGGUGAAUUUUGCCAGGGCGAUGAUUGCCAAGUCGAGGAAUUUGGUGGGCGAAACACUAGCCCACAUCCUAAACGGCGCUAUCAACCGCCCUAUGCGCGACGCCCUCCUCCUCCACCAAGCCGUUCGCGAAUCGCGGACUGGUCGCGAGCGCUCCGAGUUGCUGAUUUCCCGGCUGGUGCGGUUGCAUUGGGAGCCGCGGCAUCUGGAGCAGGUUAAGGCUGAGUAUCGGAGACGGUAUGAUGAGCGUCUGGAGGAGGCGAUUGCUGAGGAGGUUAUGAGUUCGACUGGGAGUAGUGAGUGGGGGGAGUUUUGUAUUGAGUUGGCCAGGAGUUCGGCAUGA